GCUAAACCAGGGAAGAUUGAGCAGAAAAGAACAAAAAAAAAAAAAAGCAAUCAUUUUUUUGAGUUUCGUAGCUGGAUGAAUAUUCUUUCUAUUAAUUAAGAGAAAUAAAAAUAUAAAAUUAUUGUGGGUUCUUAAAAGAAAGAUCGAUUAGUCUUCUGUUUCAGCUGAGGCAAAAAAAAAGGAAGAUGGGGCGUGUGGAUGAUUACCUGGCGAUGAAGACAGACGUCGAAAAGGUGGCUUUAGUCAAUUCCGACGUGGAGGAGCUCAAGAUCGCCGCCAAGAAACUCCUCACCGAUGUUUCGAACCUCGGUGGUUUAGCCUUCGGUGUCUCCCUCUUCAAAUGGAUCGCUUCUUUCUCCGCCAUUUACUUGUUGAUAUUGGAUCGUACAAAUUGGAGAACCAAGAUGCUUACUUCACUCUUGAUUCCAUACAUCUUCCUCACCCUUCCUGGUGUCAUCUUUAACUUCCUCAGCGGAGACGUUGGGAAGUGGAUAGCUUUCGUUGCAGUUGUACUCAGACUUUUCUUCCCUAAGCAUUUCCCAGAUUGGCUUGAGAUGCCUGGUUCUCUGAUCCUUCUGCUGGUAGUGUCUCCACACUUCCUUGGUCACCAUAUACGCGGAGGCUGGAUCGGCUAUGUCAUCUGCCUUUUCAUUGGAUGUUACCUUCUUCAAGAACAUAUCCGAGUAUCUGGUGGGUUUAGGAACUCGUUCACGCAGCCCCGUGGAGUUUCAAACACUUUGGGGAUCAUCCUUCUCCUUGUCUACCCUGUUUGGGCUCUCAUCAUUCGUGUCUCAUAAUCACCACCAAUAUCUCUUCCCAUCUCCAAGCUGUGUCCCCAAUAAACUGAGCAAGAACCUCGGAUAUCUUUUGGUGUUCCUUUGUUCUUGCUUCUGUUACAUACCUAUAAAUACUAGUGCGUGAAGCUCAAUCAAUGUUCUACAUUAAAAAAGAAAGAAUCUCAUUUUUUUUUUCAACUAUCUGUCUGUCUGUUCUUGUAAUAAGAAAAAUUUUAUGUGUAAAAGUUGCUUGUUAUGGAUUAUGUUUCGUAUAUCCACCCAUGGAAUGGUUGUCGUUUUAAUAUGGCUAAAGGAUAAUAAACUGC